GCCUGGAUUCUGCAGGUGACGAGCUGCUUAGAGCAGGGAGAGUCACAUCUUCUGGCCGCAGGAGGCGGGGAAGGACCUCGCUGCAUCACAAAUGAGCGAGCGCCAAGAGUUCCAGGCGUCCGAGCUCGCCCUCCUCCUGGAAAACUCUUCCUAUGACUACGGAGAAAACGAGAGUGACUCCUGCUGUGCCUCCCCACCCUGCCCGCAGGACUUCAGCCUCAACUUCGACCGGGCCUUCCUGCCCGUCCUCUACAGUCUCCUCUUCAUGCUGGGGCUGCUGGGCAACGGCGCCGUGGCGGCCGUGCUGCUGAGCCAGCGGGCGGCCCUGAGCAGCACCGACACGUUCCUGCUGCACUUGGCCGUGGCCGACGCCCUGCUGGUGCUGACGCUCCCGCUCUGGGCCGUGGAUGCGGCCAUCCAGUGGGUCUUCGGCUCCGGCCUCUGCAAAGUGGCGGGUGCCCUCUUCAACAUCAAUUUCUACGCUGGGGCCCUCCUGCUGGCCUGCAUCAGCUUCGAUCGGUACCUGAGCAUCGUGCACGCCACCCAGCUCUACCGCCGGGGGCCACCGACCCGCGUGGCCCUCACCUGUGUGGUGGUCUGGGGGCUCUGUCUGCUCUUCGCACUCCCGGACUUCAUCUUCCUGUCCGCCCGCCGCGACGAGCGCCUCAACGCCACGCACUGCCUGUACAGCUUUCCACAGGUGGGCCACACAGCCCUGCGCAUCCUGCAGCUGGUCGCCGGUUUCCUGCUGCCCCUGCUGGUCAUGGCUUAUUGCUACGCCCGUAUCCUGGCUGUGCUGCUGGUCUCCAGGGGCCAGCGGCGGCUCAGAGCCAUGCGGCUGGUGGUGGUGGUGGUGGUGGCCUUUGCCUUCUGCUGGACCCCCUACCACCUGGUGGUGCUGGUGGACACCCUCAUGGAACUGGGGGCCUUGGCCCGCAACUGCGGCCGAGAGAGCAGCGUGGACGUGGCCAAGUCGGUCACGUCCGGCAUGGGCUACCUGCACUGCUGCCUCAACCCGCUGCUCUACGCCUUUGUGGGUGUCAAGUUCCGAGAGCGGAUGUGGGUGCUACUCAUGCGCCUGGGCUGCCCCGACCAGAGGGGCCACCAGCGGCAGCUGCCGGCUUCCCGCCGGGAUUCAUCCUGGUCUGAGACCACAGAGGCCUCCUACUCAGGCUUGUAAGGCUGGGAUGGGGGAUCCCCUUUCACCACACAGCCUGCCUCCCCCCACACUGCAGGUUCCUCCCUCACUCGCUCCCCAGGCACACACUCCUGGGAGUCCUCAAUGGCCCCAGUACUGCCGGGUCUCCCAGGGAGCUGCCCCCCUGGCUCUGGGGGCUGCACCAUCACUGCUCCUUAGCUGCCCAGCCCUAUCCCGCCGCUUCAGAGGUAGCCGCCUUCAGGCCCUGCUUACCUUGGCUGUGCGGAACCCCACCCCCUCCUCCUUCAGUACCCAGGCAUCAGCCUUCUUCAUACGCAAGGAGUACGAGGCAAAGCAGCAUGAUUGCAGGUACCCUGGCCAGACCUUCUGCUCCACAGUGACUGUGGCUGUGGUCCCCGACACCUCUGUAUUUGCUCACGUUGAUUUUUAUGUCUAAAACUCUGCUUCAAACUUUUCAAUAAACAAGCUAAUUAGGA